AAACCAAACUCGGGGAAUUUUUAAGUCCGAAAAUCGUCGCUUUUUACAAACGUCAUCAUCCCCCACUUUGCUGAACGGUCUUGAGUUAGAUCGCACACGUGUGGUUGUGAAAAACGUUUGGCUAUGGCAGGCUCUUUUUCACAGGAGCUUGAGGAUUUGUUAAAUCCUUUGCCCAAAUUCGCAGAUCCAGAGGACGACGAUGACGAGGCGACUAAAGCCAGAGUCGUCAACAGAUUCAGUGAGGACGACGAUGAAGAUGAGGUCGGUCUCAGUGCCCUGCGGAAGCACAGCACAUCCCUGCUCUCAGACACGGACAGACGGUAUGUGGGGAAGGCGGUCUCUCGUAAACAACUGCUGAUGGACAUGGAGGGAUUUGGUGAAGAAGAUGAUGAUGAGGAGGAGGAGGAGGGCAGUGCGGGAAAGCAAGAAGAAGCUGACUAUGAGGAAGAAUCUGUUGAAGAAGAGGUUGAUGAUGAUGAAGAAAAUGACUUAAAUGAGGAGUUGGAGGACAGUGAUGCUGACAAUAAAAGCAGAAUCAAAUCUCAGACAAUGGAUGGUGAUAUCACAUUUCCUCAGAAGGUGGACUUCCGUAAGCUCACUGAGGGGAUGGACGACUUGGGAGUCAGUGAAGAAGACGAUGACAGUGGUGAUGACAGUGGAAAGAGCGGUGAAGAUGAAGGCUCUGAAGAUGAUGAUGAUGAGGAUGAUGAUGAUGAUGAUGAUGACAAUGAUGAAAUGGAAGAUGGAGAAGAUGAGGGAACCAUCCACACAUUCUCUCAAGACAAAGUAAAUGAGGAAGUGGAGAAAGGAAAGGCUGUGAAGAACCAGCUGGCCUUGUGGGACCAGUUGCUUGAGGGAAGAAUCAAAAUCCAGAAAGCUUUGGUGACAGCCAAUCAGCUGCCACAGCCCCAGACUUUCCCAGAGUUCAAGAGGAGAGGGGAUGCAGAUUUCGCAGGAGCACUGAAAAACAGUCACAAAGCUUUAAAGGCUCUCCAACGAUCCUUACUGGAGAUACAUGAUCAGCUGCUUUAUCAAAACACAGACACAAGGACUGUCUGCAUGGGAGCAACAGGAGCGCAGAGUGAGGAUGAGGAGAUAAACAGUGAGGAUGAGGAUGAACAGGAGCCAGUGCGUGAAGCUGGACCACCUAAACGAAAACUGGAGAUGGCAGAGUAUCCAGACUUCAUGGCUAAACGCUUUGCUGCCUUCCAGCCGUACUGCAGUGGCACUCUGCAGAAGUGGCAUGAUAAAACCAGGCUGACCAUGGGUAAGAGCAGCAAGGACUUUGGUGCAUUUGAGAGGAACAUAUUAACCCAGGUGGAGCAGGUGCUCAUGGAUAAAGAGAGGCUUGUGCGGCGUACCCAGACCCGCCGUUCAGAAUACCGAGUCCUGGGGAAAAAAGAAGCCUCUGCUCAGACCUCAGAAACCACAGAGGGUGAGGUAGCAGAACAGCAGUUGAAGGCAAACACACACCUAAAGGAUCUGGAUGAAGAUAUAUUUGAUGAUGAUGAUUUCUAUCACCAGUUACUCAGAGAGCUAAUUGAGCGCAAAACAAGUGCAGCAGAUCCCAAUGACCAGGUGGCUAUGGGCAGACAGUGGCUUGCCAUCCAGAAAUUGCGUAGCAAGAUCAAGAAGAAGGUAGAUACGAAGGCCAGCAAGGGGCGGAAAGUCAGAUUCCACGUCCACAGUAAACUGGUAAAUUUUAUGGCUCCUAUUGACCACAGUACAGUGAGCGACGAGGCCCGGAGUGAACUGUAUCGAGGCCUCUUUGGUCAAAAUUCCUCAUCAGUCAGUGUAAUAUGAAGGUGUUUCUAUGGAUGUCAUGCCAACAUUUACACAUUUACAGUAGUGCCUAUUUGAGAUAUCCAGCUGCAGAUUGGAUUAAGACAGAGACAUGGUGAAUGUUUUUCUUCACACUGGAUGGGACAGUUAUGGUGUUCUGCCCUAAUGGGGAAAAAUACAGAUAUGCAAUAAAAAAGGGCACAUGCAUUUCUGAGACAAAUGUCUUUUAUACUGUAUAUUUACAGUAUGUCAUUGCCUUAUGAUAAACUUGUGAUCAGAUUUACUUUAUCAAAUUCACUAAUGGACUGUGGAUGGAAAGCGAUGUGUUAUUUCUGCUUUGGUUAUUACAUGUUAGAGGGCUCAAGUUGUGUGGUCUUGUUUUCCACAAGAGUGACCUGUCUUGUACAAUAUUUUCAUUAUAUUACACCUCACAGCUAGUUAAUAAGAAAUUAACUUAAUGACUUACGUUUAUAUACAGAAAUCUGACUGUAACUUAAGAGUCCUGCCUCCAGUUAAGCAUAAAAAAAAUCUAAAUGAUUUUAAAAUAAAUGUUAUUUUUAAGUGCU